GCCUUAAUUUUAUAAUUUUAUUUUCAGGGCUCGUUCUGUUUACGAAAGAGCUUUGGCAGUUGAACACAGAAAUGUUACCUUAUGGCUGAAAUAUGCUGAAAUGGAAAUGAAGCAUCGCCAAGUAAAUCAUGCUCGCAAUAUUUUUGACCGUGCGGUCACUAUUCUUCCCCGAGUGAGCCAGUUCUGGUACAAAUACAUCUACAUGGAACAAAUGCUGGACAAAGUUGCAAGUGCCAGGCAAGUGUUUGAGAGAUGGAUGGAGUGGCAGCCAGACGAGCAAGCCUGGCUCACCUACAUCAAGUUUGAGUUGAGGUUCAAAGAAAUUGAACGUGCUCGAGAGAUUUACGAACGUUUUGUAAUUUGUCAUCCUGAUGUGAAGAAUUGGAUAAGGUUUGCCAAAUUUGAAGAGACGAACGGAUUUAUCCUCAGAGCGAGAACUGUUUAUGAACGAUCUGUGGACUUUUAUGGAGAAGAAUUCAUGGAUGAGAAACUCUUUGUUGCUUUUGCUAAAUUUGAAGAAAACCAAAGGGAGCAUGAUCGUGUUAGGGUUAUUUACAAGUAUGCCCUUGAUAACAUACCAAAGGAGAAAGCCCAAGAACUGUUUAAGAACUACACCAUCCAUGAGAAGAAAUAUGGUGACCGGGCUGGCAUUGAAAAUGUCAUUGUCAGUAGAAGGAAAUAUCAAUAUGAGGAGGAAGUGAAAGCCAAUUCUUUAAAUUAUGAUAGCUGGUUUGAUUAUCUGCGCCUGAUGGAGAGUGAAGGAAAUAUUGAAGCAACAAGAGAGCUUUAUGAACGAGCCAUUGCUAAUGUACCCCUGAAAAAGGAGAAGAGAUUCUGGAGACGUUACAUUUAUUUGUGGAUCAACUAUGCCCUUUAUGAGGAAUUGGAAGUGAAUGAAGAAGAAAGCAGAACGAGAGAAGUGUAUCAGGCUUGCCUCAAACUCAUCCCCCACAAAACAUUCACAUUUGCUAAAAUAUGGCUCUUGGCUGCACACUAUGAGAUAAGACAGAAGAAUCUAAUGGCUGCAAGGAAACUUUUGGGUGCAGCUAUUGGUAUGUGUCCAAAAGAUAAACUUUUUCGGGGUUAUAUUGAUUUAGAAAUUCAAUUGAGAGAAUUCGAUAGAUGUCGCAUCCUCUACCAAAAGUUUUUGGAGUUUGAACCUGAGAAUUGCACUACAUGGAUGAAAUUUGCUGAACUGGAGACAAUACUGGGAGAUUAUGAGAGGGCGAGAGCAAUAUUUGAGAUAGCCAUCAAUCAACCAAGGCUAGAUAUGCCAGAGGUCAUCUGGAAAGCAUAUAUUGAUUUCGAGAUAGAGCAAGAGCAGUUCCAACUGGCAAGGCAGCUCUAUGAAAGGCUGUUGGAAAGAACACAACACGUUAAGGUGUGGAUUAGUUUUGCAAGGUUUGAGCUGGGCUGCAAUGAGGGGGAUAUGGCCCUGUCCCAGUGUCGUAAUGUAUACGAAAGAGCCAAUAAAAACUUGAGAACUUCAAAUGAAAAAGAAGAGCGUAUGAUGCUUCUUGAAGCUUGGAAGGACUUUGAGGAGGAAUAUGGAGACGAGAGGUCCAAACAAACUGUAGAAAAGCAAAUGCCGAAAAGAGUCAAGAAGCGAAGAAAAGUUCAAACAGAUGAUGGGUCUGAAAGUUAUGAAGAAUAUUACGACUAUAUAUUUCCAUCUGAUGAAGUUGCUCAGCCUCAUCUUAAACUUCUUGAAAUAGCCAAAAAAUGGAAAAAAACUCAAGCAGCUGAAGACACAUCAGAAGAGAUGAUUCUAUGAUCUAAAGAGACAGAUGAAUGAUUGUGCCUAAUUUUUCAUUGUAAAUAUCACUUGUUGUAUAAAUCAUAUUCAUAUAUAGAAUAAUGUUUUGUUAAUAAAGCAUUUGUUUCUAA